AUGACAUCAAAUUUUACUGCAGGAGAACGAAGAUGGGCUUCUGCAAGGAGAACUGGAAUGACAGUUUUGGGAAAAGUUGCUGUUCCAAAACCCUUGAACUUACCCAGUCAGAGGUUAGAAAAUCAUGGUCAAGAUCGCGAUGUGGAAAUUGUUCCAAAGAGAACUGUUGGCUGGGGAGGCCGCCCAUCGUCUUCUAAUCCAUGGGGUUCCACAGCGCUGUCUCCCAAUGCUGAUGGUAGUGCUAGUUCACCAAGCCAACUUAGUGGGCGUCCUUCAUCUGCUGGAACUGGAAGCCGGCCAUCUACUGCAGGUAGUGAGACAGCACUUGAACGCCCAGCAAAUUCGUGGGGUCCUAGUUCUAGACCUUCAUCAGCUUCUGGAGUCUUACCAUCUAAUCAAUCAUCAACAACUUUGCGACCCCACAGUGCAGAUACAAGAACAAGUAGCUCUCAACGGUCACGCUUAGCUGAAGUUUCACCUGAAAAUUCAACUGUACAAGCCGCAAGAAGUGCAGUGGAACAGGUGGGGCUCUUAUCAUCUGAAAAUGAAAGAUUUUCUCUCUCUUCUGGGGAGUUUCCCACGCUUGGUGCAAGCAAAGACGGUUCUGCAAGAACUUCUGAGCCCAAAGAUCAUGAUUCUCAUAGCCGUCCUACUUCGGCUCCUGGAAAAAAUGAGAAGACCGAAACAUCUCAAGCUGAUGCUCAUGAUGGAACUUUUAGCUCCUGGAACAGAGAUGGGCCCCAAAAUUCAGAUGAUGGAACCCUGCCUGGCCCAUCCAAGUGGCAUGGGGAGCCUCAGCAAUACCACGAUGCCAAUAUACCCCCACCGCAGUUUGAUGCAUGGCGUGGCCCCCCUCCCAUUGCUCCUCAUGGGGGUUGGUAUAGAGGCCCUCCUACUGCUCCGCCCUAUGGACCACCAGUUGGUCCUGGUGGCUUCCCAAUUGAACCAUACCCUUACUAUUGUCCUCAGAUUCCUCCUCCAGGUUUAGCUAAUUCACAGCCAGUUCCUAUGCCUGGAGCUAGCCCCAGGGGACACAAUCAUCCGAAAAAUGGAGAGCUGUACAGGCCUCAGAUGCCUGAUGCUUUUGUUCAUCCAAGAAUGCCUUUUAGGCCAGGCUUCUACCGGGGCCCAGUCCCUUAUGAAGGCUACUAUGGGCCACCAAUGGGUUAUGGUCCCAAUGAUAGGGAUCUUCCACAUAAGGGCAUGGCUAGGCCAUCUGUCCAUAAUAGAUAUUCAAACCCUGGUUCUGGUCAUUCUCAUGUUAGAGCUGGCCGGAAUGGUCCUACUGGCAGAAUGCUUUCUGAGCAUGAGGAAACUGCACAUCAUGGUGAUGCCUCUUUUCAUAGCAGAGUGCUUUUGAAGCAUAACGAAUGGGAAGGAAAGGAGGACAAAAGGAUAACUGAACACAUGCCAAUAUCCAAUUCCUCACAAUCUAACAAAAAUGGUCAAUUUAGUACAGCGUCAACACGGAGGGAGUGGGGUGCUGAUGUUGAAGGUGAAGAGGAGUUGUACUCUGCUGUAAUCUUAGAAGGAGGUCAUGAUUCUUUGCGUUUUGAUAAUGAUGAAGUUAGGUGUGAUCCAGAGGUUGUCAAAUUCAAACCAAAUGUUCGCAAUUCGAUGGUUGAGAGUGGCCCAAUAAAUCAGCAGAUAACUGUUGCAUCAUCUCCAAGAGUGCUGGAAACGCCUGUGAAACAUGUAGCAGUAACAGCUGGUGCAAGAGAUCCUACCCUGAUGCAGAAGAUUGAAGGUUUAAAUGUUAAAGUUCGUCGCUCUGAUGGUCGAAAUGAGGGAUUGUUGACCUUAGAAUCAGACGGGCACAAGUUCAGGUCUCAGCACGUGGACAUGAAUACUGAUGAUGUUUCUACCAAAGUGGGUAAUUUUGAUGGCUCUCAUGAAAAGGUUCCUGCAUUGAAUAAGAUGGUAGCUCUUCCAGGUGAAAGGACCUCCACUUCUGGGAAUAGAAGUUCUCAGCCAGCUCAAAGUUGCUUAACUCUCUUUUCCUAUCUUUCAAGGAGACCAAGCGAGUUUGUGCAUGGAAGAGGUAGCGAUAAUAAUGGCCGGCAUAAGAAACCUGUGGCCACUGAGCUGUCUGGUGUGCUUGCUGCAAACACACCAUCUUCUCAUGUCCAUGCGAGCAUAAUGCAGCCUGCUGUCAUGGACGUGGAACUAACUUCGGGGAAUAAUGGAGGGGAUUUGGCUGCCGAAAUAGUUGACUCAGCCGAUAGCCAGGCACAGCGUGCUAAAAUGAAGGAGCUGGCAAAGCAACGUGCCUUACAGCUGCAGAAGGAAGAGGAUGAACGGAUUAAAGAGCAGAAAGCAAAAGCUUUGGCUAAACUGGAAGAGCUGAAUCGGCGUACGCAGGGAGGUGCCUCAGAGUCUGAAACAGUCUUUAACCCAGCUGGAAAAGAGCUGGAAGAACUAAGAGCGUGGAGUGAGUUGAGUACUGUUGCUGCGAAAUCAGAAACUAAAAAACCUGCUACAGUACAACAUUUUGAUAAUGUUACUCAAUUAUGUGUUGGAACAGUCCCAUUAGAGCCUAUUUUUUUGGGUGGUCAGUCAUUGGCUGUAACAGAGGAAGCUAAUGAUGCUGAUGCUAGUCGUUUUAGAACUUCUCCUAAACCACAUGACGGCAGUGUGUCGAGGCAGAAGCGGAAUAGCUCCAAGCCAAAGCAUAAUGUUCAACAACCAAAAAACAUGGGGGAACAUUCUCAGGUGAUCUCCACUUCUGAUGCCGCAAAAGAUAAGUCUAGUGAAGUGAAAUCGGUUGCUACAGUUGACAUUCUGCUUAUUGAGGAGUCUAACUUGCAGAGAAACGCUACCCUAGUUGUUGAAUCUCCUUCGCAGCAGAAAAAGAAAAGCUAUAAAAGUAUUAGAAAGCUCAAGCCAGAUGAAGCAAUUCCUGUUUCUGUUCCGCCAUUAGUAGCAGUGGCUGAUUCAUGUCCUGUUGAAGGUUGUGCUGAAAAUGAGAACUUCAAUGAUGAUCAGUCAGGUCAGGGCUUUGGUUUAGCUCAGGGAGUGGUUGCUGGUAGUAGUGGAGCAGAUUCAGCCAAGCAACAUUCUUCUUCUCAUGCUGAAGAUAGCCAUGGUAGAGUAAAUAACCACAGAAAACCUCAGCAUUCCCGUCGUCUUGCAAGAAACCAGCUAUCUGGCAGACCAGUAGACAAAUUUCAUUCCAAUGACAAUGUUAUGUGGGCACCUGUGAGGUCGCAGAAUAACUCAGAACUUGCGAAAGAGAUAAGUCAGGAAACUCUGCAGCAAUCUGUCUCUUCGUCUAAAAGUGAUCAUCAAGUGCUGACCAGUUCUAAAAGCAAAAGGGCGGAGAUGGAGAGGUAUAUCCCCAAGCCAGUAGCAAAAGAACUUGCUCAGCAGGGUAGCAUCCUACAGCCAUUAACAUCUGGUGAGGCUGCCGAGGGUGUGGAAACUAGAUUGGGAAGCUCAGGAAGCCUGCAGGCUGGUAGCUCAGGCUCUCAUCAUGUUUCUACAGAAGGUAGGGAGACUAAUAAGCAAGCUAGGGGGCAUGGAGCAUGGCGACAACGAGGUUCGGCCGAAGCACCGUCAAGUGGGUCUUCAUCUUCCACCUCCAAUGUAUCGAAGAAUGCUCGGAAAUCAGUAGGCCAAAGCCACUCUAUGAUGCCUGAAGUGGUUUCAGAAAAAGGGGAAGAAAAGUUGUCCCGAGAUUUAGGUAGUGAUCAAAAUGUGUUUAAUGAAGCUGAAGCAGCAGUACCUGUUGGUACGUCGUCUGUGAGAGAUCAGGUAGCAACUGGGAAAGUGAAGCGGCAUGCAUUGAAAGCCGAAAAAAAUUCGGGUUCUAGUUAUGGAGCAGAGAAGCAUGUCAAUACUGGGGAAGCUGAUAGAAAUCAUACUCAAUUUUCUGAUUCUGAUAUAAGGCAACCAAAGGAUAAUCAUGGCUUUGAGGAACGUGGGUCAUCUCAGUGGCAACCCAAAUCUCAUCCAUCCUCGAAUAAUAGCCAGAGGAGUGGCAGGUCUCUCUCUGUUCGGGAUGAUGCAGGUGGAAUGAGUGGCGUUAAGAAGAGUUUUUCUUCUCAGACUAGGUCUCAUGUUAUUCCACGUAUUAAAGAGUUUAGUGGAAAAGAUGUUUCUCAGCUAGAUCAAUAUGCAUACGAUAAUAAGAUGCCAGAGUUUGUAGAUGCGGGUCAUCAGGGUCACAGAAAAGAAAAGAAAGUCUCCACAUCUAUGGGACCUGCAACUGAAGUUGCAGUAGGCUUUGAAGAAUCGACUAAUGCUGUAACUGCAGAUGGCAAAAAUAAACAAUCUUCUGAUAUUAGGAGUCGAAACCAAAACAAUUAUCUUGGCCCUAGUCCGGAAUAUCAAGGUGAUUGGGGUCAUGAAAGGCACAGGCCUAAUACUCAUUAUGAAUACCAUCCUGUAGGAUCUCAGAACAAUAGCAAGCCCGACAAAGUUGAAGGAUCCCUCAAUGUGGGUCCUAAAUAUAAGGACAGGGGCCACAUUCAGUCAAAACGAGGCAGGGGAAAUUUUCAUGGACGACAAAGUAGCAGUGUUCGAGUAGAUGCUGGUUCUGGCUGA